AGGAAAGGGGUGUUGGAUAGAAAAGUACAAGAAGGAGCAGUGCCCCUGACAAUUUCUCUUCUCACCGGCUCACACGACUGUGUGACCCCUACAUCCUCCUACAUUUGCGAGUGAGACGGAGAGAUGGUGCUCAAGGCCACUUCGAUCCACUCAAACUUCUUCCCAUCGGGGGAGAGAUACGCCACCGCCGAUGCCCACAACGACGGGGAUGCCGACGUGACAGCGAGCACCACGCCUGCCGGCGGACCGACGCCGUCCGGUACAACACCAGCGGCAUCCCGACGUCCCUCGACGGAGGAAAAGGCUGGCGCUUCCUCUCCACGAGGCUUCUUUAAAAGGAAAUUGUCUCAGAAGAACGGAGGAGAUUCCGAGAAGCCUAGCUUCGAACUUCCACACGGCGCUCAAGAUGGGAACAUUAUCCUCGUGACCUGGGACGGAGACGAUGACCCAGAGAACCCGCUCAAUUGGCCCAAGGCCAAGAAGAACAUGAUGACGGCCAUGCUCUGCGUCAUGUGCCUCUUCAUCGGUCUUGCCACCGCAGGGUACGCCAGCGGCUUGCAGGAGAUGACCAGAGAGUUUCAAGUGAGCGCAGAGGUUGGUCAGGUUGGCUUGUUCUUGUUCAACGCCGCCUUUUCCAUCGUGCCCCUCUUCCUUGGCCCGCUCUCGGAGUUCAUCGGCGCAGCCCCCGUCUAUCUCUUCUCGUACGCCGGCUUCGUCCUCUUCUUCAUCCCAAUCGCUCUGGCCAAGAACAUCGGCACGGUGCUGGUCUCGCGCUUCAUCCUCGGUGCCUUUGGCGCCACAGGAACGACCAUUGUUCCCGGAACAUUGGCGUCGAUCUGGCGGACAGAGGAGCGAGGCAACAAAGUCGCACUCUUCUCGUUGGUGGCUGUGCUGGGAACGGUAGGCGCUCCCCUGUACAAUGGUUUCAUCGAGCAGCAAAAGGGAUGGCGCUGGAUCGAGUGGGUGCAGCUCAUCGUCAAUGGCGCCGUCUUCAUCAUCGAGCUCAUCUUCCUGCGCGAGACGCGAGGAAGCGUUAUUUUGACUCGUAGGGCCAAGAAGCUCCGCAAGCAGACGGGCGACCAGCGCUACCGUGCCCCGACGGAACUCGAGGCGCCUUCGCUCAAGGCUCUCCUCCAUGCUUCGACUACGCGUGCCGCACUCCUCCUUGUUCGCGAGCCGGUCGUCUUUACCUUCAGCCUCUGGCUCGCCUAUGAGUGGGCUCUCAUCUUUGCCCUCUUCAGCGGUAUCCCUUUGGUCUUCCAGGGCCUGCACCGUUGGGGCACGGGUGUGGGAGGCCUGGCCUAUAUCGGCCCAAUCAUCGGCACUUUCCUCGCCUGGGGCAUCAACUUCCACGCCGUCAAGCUCUACGAUAACGCACGGGCCAAGAAUGGUGGCGUUCCCGUCCCCGAGGCUCGCCUCUACUACGCCACCGUUGGGGGCAUCCUCAGCACCAUCGGCAUGUUCAUCUUCGCCUUCACCUCGUACAAGCACGUCCACUGGAUGGGUCCCGAGAUUGGCCUCGUACUUCUCAUCAUGGGAAUCUACUUUGUCUUUGACGCCGUUCAGAACUACCUCAGCGACGCAUAUGGAUCUGAGUACGGCGCCAGUGCCAUCUCUGCCCAAGGCUUUGUCCGCAAUCUCUUGGCAGCCUCGUUCCCGCUCUUUACGACGCAGAUGUUCAACACGCUUACGAUUCCAUUUGCCGGUCUUCUCCUUGCCUGCCUUCUGGCGCUCGCUGUUCCUCUGCCGUUCAUCCUGAUCAAGUACGGCGAAAGAAUCAGGGCGAAGAGCAGGUACGCGGCCACAAUGACGGGCAUCACUCCUAACGACGACCAAGAAAAGCAAUCGCGCGCGGCAGAGGACCCAGUUCUCGGCGCGACAAGGAGCCGUAAAAUUGUGUUGAUGAAGAAGCAGCAGCAGUCGACGACAGAGCCGGUUCAAUCCGAGGUCAUGCAAGGCAGCGCCCCUGUCUCUGCAGAGGAGGAAGAGAAGGAGAAGAAUGAUGAGGCUACGGCUAAAGAUGCCGAUGCCGACUCUUAGGAACUUGACAAUAAAACCACAUAUCACCGCUCGGACACAUAACUCAACCUACUCCUUUUCCUAAGCAUUUAUCUCUAGAUUUGCAGCAAUAUAAUCACGAUACAUGAACG